GACGGGUGGACCCUGCGGACGCGCACGGGCGCACUGGGGGUGCAGUUCGAGCACACGGCGCCGAGCACCUGUCAGACAGACCUGGCUGGACCCGCCGGGUGGUCUGGUGGGCUUUUGUGCUCUUCUGCAGGCGUGGCGAAGCCCCAGGCCCCUUGUGGGGAGCCAUGCCCUACGUGGGCGGAGGGUGGGUCGGGUGCCGUUUGCCGGGUAGCCAUGGACCCAGGCCUCCGACGAUGUGGUUCUUUCAAUGCGCGCUCCCAGAGGGCCCAACCCCUCCCCCCCUGGUUCGUCUUCCACCUCAGAUCUUGUUUUGGCGGCACCAGGGCCCAACAACGGGCCCUCAGAGGGCCGACAGAACCGGACUGA